UUGUUACUUGUACACCUAAACAACUUCAGGAAUUUAUCCAUUUUGGCAUAGAGUGUACUGAGUAUAAUUCUGUUACUGGUACCUCUAAUGUAAAUAUGCAAAUGACAGUUCUUUACCAUAUGGAAUCUGUAAGAUUUCAAAAAUAUUUAGGUCAUUUGGGUUCAAACAUCAAAUUAGGUAGUACGUAUCUUAUAUCGGGCCUUUUUAAAUUUUCAACUUCUGAAAAGAUGAUGGUCAAGGCAACAGACAUUGAUUACUUAAGAACUUCAAAUAUUAUUCAUAAUACGUAUGAAAAUUUUUCUUCAAAUCCCAGUACACAAUCGAUUAUUGACAUUAUCGCUGACGAUAUUGAAUCUACCACAACUCAUGCUCUAAAAACUGUUGAACCUACAAUUACUUCGGCUAAUCAUAAUGUCAUGGUUACUCCAGGUCCAUCAAAAAAUUUGAAAGAAGAGCAAUUGAGUUAUAAAGAUGAUGAAAAAACUGAAGAAUUAGACGAAGAUGAAAUCUCGCAGGAUAAAAGUGAAGAAGAAAGUCAAUCUAAAAAAAGGAAAAGAAAUGUUAGAAUAACUACGAAGGAAAAAAAAAAGAAAAGCGAAAAAUAA